GGUGUUGGGUUACAAUGGGAUUUGUGAUAGGAGGACAGACCUGACUCUGUGUCUAGCACAGUCGUUGUUCAGAGAGAUUGUGGUGGUCGGUUGGCUUUGACAAAGUGGUUCUAGUUGGAGUCCCAUCGUAUCUGGUCUGAGAGCUGGGUGAUUUUACAGUCAGCGAUGUUGAUAGUAUAAUGAUCUCCUUUUUUCUCUAUCUGAGUAAGUUAGCGUAAAACUUUUCAAAAGUAGGUUAAACAGAAAUCUGGACUUACAUUUUUCAGUUAGAUUAUAGGAGGGUGUUUUUGGAAGGUUUGGAGUUCAGCAAGCAAUAAUGGAUGUGAAUGGGCCUGGGUACAACAACCAAGGAAAUGGUAAAGCCCAUCAGAACCAGGACACGAUCAGAUCAGGACUCCCUGUCCAAGCCAUGCAGAAGAACGAGAGGUCCACCCACAUCCCUGGCAUAGAGAAAGAGGUGGAUAUCAUCAAUAUCAAGGGAAUUGAAGACAUUGGCUAUGUCCAGUCGGAUUCCGUGCUCCUGAACUCCCUAAUACCUGAGGAGAACACACGAUGCCAGCACGGCCUGUACUUCCAGGAUGGAGAGAGGCGGGUGGACUACGUCCUCACCUACCACAUCAAGAAGCCCAGCAGCUCCCGGUCCAACCGACACUCGUACUGCUUCACCGACAACGCCUUCACGCGGACCCUCCGCCGUGGGACAGCCAGGCUGGGACGACCGCCACCCCCGCAGCCCAGGGGUGAUCUGGAGGUGGCCCCUCACGACCACAGCAUGGACUACCAUGAAGAUGACAAGCGCUUCCGUCGGGAAGAGUUCGAGGGCAACCUGACCGACAUGGGCCUGGAGUUGGAGAAGGAUGAGGACACUAAAACCCCUGGCGUGGGCUUUGUGAAGAUCCAUGCACCAUGGCACGUGCUUUGUCGAGAAGCUGAAUUCAUGAAGCUCAAGAUGCCUACAAAAAAAGUAUAUGAAGUGAAGCAGAGUUCUGGCGUUGGGGCGAAGAUCAGCACGUUGGUGAGCAAGGCCACGGAACCACUUCAUCCCAACGUGGAGGAGAACAGGGUUCACAACGUUAAGCAUCUCUCCUAUGCCUUCUCCAGGGAAAAACAGCACCUGUUUGAUUUAUCAGACCGAGAGUCCUUCUUUGACAGUAAAACAAGAUCUUCAAUCGUUUUUGAAAUAUUGAAACGAACAAAAUGCACCAAGGCUAAGUAUAGCAUGGGGAUCACCAGCCUUCUGGGUAAUGGAGUCUAUACAGCUGCCUAUCCGUUACAUGAUGGCGAUGUGGAUGGUGAAAAUGUGGAGCCCAAUGAUAGGAAGCUGUUGUAUGAGGAGUGGGCGAGUUACAGUGUAUUUUACAAAUACCAGCCUAUCGGGCUAGUUAGGAAGUACUUUGGAGAGAAAAUUGGUCUGUACUUUGCGUGGCUGGGACUGUACACCCAGAUGCUGAUCCCUGCUUCUCUGGUGGGGGUCAUCGUUUUCCUGUAUGGCUGUGCCACCGUAGAUGACAACAUUCCCAGCAUGGAGAUCUGCCACCCCAAGAACAACAUCACCAUGUGUCCGCUGUGUGACAAAGCCUGUAGCUACUGGAAGCUGAUGGAGGCCUGUGGGACGGCCCGGGCCAGCCACCUCUUCGACAACCCGGCCACCGUCUUCUUCUCCAUCUUCAUGGCCCUCUGGGCCGCCAUGUUCAUGGAGCACUGGAAAAGAAGACAGAUGCGUCUGAACUAUGAAUGGGAUCUGACAGGCUUUGAGGAGGAGGAGGAAGAGCUGAAGGACCACCCACGAGCUGAGUAUGAGUUCCGAGUAAUGCAGAAGUCCCUGAAGAAAGAGCACAAGACACAGAAGAAGCCCACAGAGGUAGCGGAAGAAACCACAAACAAAUGGAAGCAAACGGUUCAGUCUGCCAUGGCUGGGCUCAAACUGACAGAAAAAGAAAAGCUCACGUGCAGAGAUCGGUUCCCGGCGUACAUGACCAAUAUAGUCAUGAUGCUUCUGAUGAUUGGGGUGACAUUUGCCAUUGUGUUUGGUGUUAUCCUGUACCGGAUCUCCACUAACGCAGCUCUGCACUUAAGCAACAACCCGACAACGCGUUCCAACGUCCGUCUGACGGUCAAAACCACUGCCGCCAUCAUCAAUCUGGUGGUCAUUCUGAUCCUGGACGAGGUCUACGGGGCUGUCGCACGCUGGCUCACAGUCCUAGAGGUCCCGAAGACAGACAAGAGCUUUGAGGAGAGAUUAAUAUUCAAAACAUUCAUCCUGAAGUUUGUGAACGCCUUUACCCCCAUUAUUUAUAUAGCAUUCUUCCGAGGCAGGCUUGUUGGUCGACCGGGGAGUUAUCUGUAUGUGUUUGAGUCCUACCGCAUGGAAGAGUGUGCUCAUGGAGGAUGUUUGAUGGAGUUGUGUAUUCAGCUCAGUAUCACCAUGUUGGGAAAGCAACUCAUCCAGAACAAUUUGUUUGAAAUUGGCAUCCCGAAGCUGAAGAAGUUGAUAAGGUACAUCAAGUCCAAGAGGAGGUCCUUCCAGGAAGAGGAGAGGGAGAAGAAGUUACAGCGCUACGAGACAGAUCACUUCCUGGAGCCCUUUGCAGGCCUCACACCAGAGUAUAUGGAGAUGAUAAUCCAGUUUGGGUUUGUGACCCUGUUUGUGGCGUCGUUUCCACUGGCUCCACUGUUCGCCCUCCUCAACAACAUCAUCGAGAUACGCCUGGAUGCCAAGAAGUUUGUGGCUGAGCUCAGGAGGCCGGUCGCUGCUAGGGCAAAAGACAUUGGGAUAUGGUACAACCUACUCCGGGGUGUGGCUAAAGUGGCUGUCAUCAUAAACGCGUUUGUGAUCUCCUUCACGUCAGACUUCAUCCCCAGGCUGGUGUACCAGUACAUGUACAGCCCGGACGGAUCCAUGCAUGGCUUCGUCGACCACACCUUGUCCUACUUCAACGUGUCGGACUUCCAGCACGGGAAAGAGCCCAUGGAACCUCUGCAUCUGGGCUACCCAGUGGACAUGUGCAGGUAUAAAGACUACAGAGAGCCUCCGUGGUCCAACACGCCCUACGUGAUCUCCAAAGAGUUCUGGGCCGUGCUGGCUGCCCGGCUGGCCUUCGUCAUUGUCUUCCAGAAUGUGGUGAUGCUGAUGAGUGACAUUGUGGACUGGUUGAUCCCAGACAUCCCUAAAGACAUCAGCCUUCAGAUCCACAAGGAGAAGAUCCUGAUGGUAGAACUCUUCAUGAAGGAGGAACAGGGCAAGAGGCAGUUUAUAGACAGCGACCCCUGGUGGCGGCAAAGAGAACAGCAACAAGCACGCCCCUAUUGCCCGAUCGCGCUCCAUUCCACACACACACAGUCACACACAUGCCAACAACUUCUAGCAGCUACGGUACAGUGUGGCCUGGUUAGCUCAGUCAAUGGUUACUGAGGUCUGUGUCCUUAUCCUUGUCCAGACAUUCCAUAUAAAGGGAGAGGUGCUCCCCACAGUGUGUUGAGGCCGAAGUCAAGAGAAACAGAAAUUGUCCCUGUGUACGAUGCCUGCCAAAACUUUCAGUGAGUAACUAGAUGACUGAUCAAAUGCCAACCAGUUAACCAGAUGACUGAAUAACUGCCAACCAGUUAACCAGAUGACUGAAUAACUGCCAACCAGUUAACUAGAUGACUGAAUAACUGCCAACCAGUUAACUAGAUGACUGAAUAACUGCCAACCAGUUAACUAGAUGACUGAAUAACUGCCAACCAGUUCACCAGAUGACUGAAUAACUGCCAACCAGUUAACCAGAUGACUGAAUAACUGCCAACCAGUUAACCAGAUGACUGAAUAACUGCCAACCAAUUAACCAGAUGACUGAAUAACUGCCAAUCAGUUCACCAGAUGACUGAAUAACUGCCAACGAGUUAACUAGCUGCCAACCAGUGGAGUCGUGGGCAUUGAGGUCUCAAAUAUGCCAUUUAGCAAAAGUUUUUUUAUCCAAAGCAACAUAAAUUAGUGAAAACUGUGGCGGACCAUGUUCAAUGAGAGGGAAAAAGGUUUAUUUCUAUUUUAAUUUGCACAGUACUGUCAACAAGACAUUUUUUGUAACAUGCUUUACAUUAUGUCCGGCAUCCAAGAUAUUUCUAUGUUUGCCUCUUUAUAAACAGGAUGUAAAUUAUAUAUUAUUAUUUACUAUGUUUAUUUAACCAUACUCUAAACAGGAUGGAGAUAUACAUUAUCAUUUACUAUGUUGAUUUAACCAUAUUCUAAACAGAAUGGAGAUUAUACAUUAUCAUUUACUAUGUUGACUCAACCAUACUCUUGGUGCAAAGAAUCACCAUUAUAAACGCUAAACCUUUUUUCAAAUGUUACAGAUGUGUUUUCUUUUGUUAACAUUCUUUCUCAAAACAGUAUUUUUA